GAUAUUCAGGAGUAUAAUACAAUUAUAUCUUUCUAUUUGCUAUUACCAAAUUUUGACUCAAUUGUAUCAUAACAUGACUAAAGCAACUUUCAUUGCUAUCUUCAUGGUCAUUCUGGCUUUAGGAACACUGAUGAAAGAGACGCAAGGACAAGAAUUAUGUCAUGAAUAUUUUGUAGAACCACAAAUCUGUAACCCUACACAAUGUGUUAAUCAGUGUACUACAAAAUGGAAAGGAUCAGGCAAGUGUAUAGGGGGAACCAAGAACUGCAUAUGCACUUUCAAUUGCAAAAACUGAUGUUUCUUUUGUUUCGUUUAAACUAUCAUCAAAUUAUAUAUUGAUAAAAAAACAAUAAGUUGAUAUAAAAUAAAAACAUUGCAAUCUUUUAUAUUUCUAAUGUGGAUUCGGAUUUCAAUUAUUUGAAUUAAACUAUAAAUACUGUUUCAG